AUGCCAAUGGAUUCUUUUCAACAACUCACUUCCGUUGACUGGCAACAACAAUCCUACCCUACCAUCCAUGAUUUCUUCGUUCUUCCUUUCUUCGCUCUCUUCUUCCCUUCCCUUCGCUUCCUUCUUGACAGGUUCAUUUUCCAGAAAAUGGCCAUACGAUUGAUUUUUGGAAAGAGACACGAGGUGCUUGACUUUCAGGCAGAUGAUAGGAGAAAGAAAAUUAGCAAGUUUAAGGAAUCAGCGUGGAAAUGCGUUUAUUUUCUAUCGGCAGAAAUUUUUGCUUUGUCUGUAACAUAUGAUGAACCUUGGUUUACUGAUACAAAAUAUUUUUGGAUCGGGCCAGGGAAUCAGAUAUGGCCAGAUCAAAAGAUUAAAUUGAAAUUGAAGGGGCUGUAUAUGUAUGGUGCUGGAUUUUAUUCAUACUCCAUACUUGCUUUAGUAUUCUGGGAAACAAGGCGCUCUGACUUUGGGAUUUCCAUGACACAUCAUGUUGCUUCUCUCACUCUUAUUGUCCUAUCCUACAUUUUUAGGUUUGUUCGAGUUGGAUCGGUUGUUUUAGCCCUUCAUGAUGCUACUGAUGUGUUUUUGGAGAUAGGGAAAAUGUCAAAAUACAGCAGCGCUGAAACAAUGGCUAGUUUUGCUUUUGUUCUUUUUGUUUGGUCUUUCACCAUACUACGUGUCAUUUACUUCCCAUUCUGGGUUCUUCGAAGUACAAGCUAUGAAGUUGUUAACACCUUGAAAUUGAAAGAGAAUUGGGUGGAUGGUUCAAUAUAUUAUUAUGUAUUCAAUACUCUUCUACUCUGCUUGCUUAUUCUUAACAUUUAUUGGUGGGUGCUAAUGCUUCGGAUGCUUGCUGGUCAAAUUCGAGCAAGAGGAAAAGUUAGUGAAGAUAUUCGAUCUGAUUCUGAGGAUGAAAAUGAACAUGAAGAUUGA